CUUCCGGCGCGUUUCAUCUUCUGCAAAUAAAAUCGUCAAAACUUCUCCGGACAAACAUCCAAGCAGAAUAGCCACUGUCUCAAGUACCUGCGUGCUUCUUGGGUGCUUGAGACAACUAGCGUUUCAGUCUGUCCGGUGGCGCCUUUGCACGCGCCACCACCGAGGCCAAAGAAACCGUAGUCCCAUCAUAUUUGCCAGUUGACACUGCUACUUCUUCCAGUGUCAAAUUUUUAUCCAUGGCGGCGGAUCCAAAUGCCCAGUAUUUCGAAGAACUUCUUAAUUUCCAGGACAAUAACCGUACCUCUGAAGAUUUAUCAAUUCAGGAACCAUUUCCAAAAACCCCUUCAAUUCCUCAACAGGGUAUUGAAAUCGGAAGGUCUGAUGAUCUUUUCGAGAAUGGAGGCAUUUGGACUGUCCAAAAUGAUCCAAAUACCGGAAAUUUUCAUGGAGAAUCAAGCAAUAACGGAAUUGGAAAUGUGCUGUCCCCCUUCAGUUGCUCUUUCUGCCAAGUCCUUAGAGAAAUAGUUCAUAGUAAUGGCACUGAAAUUACAACCCUUGAAAUUCAUGGAAGACUUGGUAUGUUCUUCCAUGCCAUUCUCGAUGUUCAUGGAAAUGUGGAUACACCGUCUCCAAGCUAUCACUGUCAAAUGUUCGAUUUUUGCAAGAAAAGUACGGAGGAAGUGAAACAAUUUUUGGUUCAAUACUGUCUCGACCGAAUGCAAGCAGGAUUCUUUCUAAUAAGUGAUCCACUUUCAACCUUCUAUGAAGUCUUAUGUGUUGGAUUUGUUUGGGCUGAAAAUCUGCAGCAUCCUGAUGAGUUCAUUCCAUCAUCAUCAUCCAAUUCAGGGGAUCAACCAAGAAAGGAUAAUGAGCAAACAAGGGCCCCUGAGACUAGUUUGGCCGAGCAGAGAAAAAGGGCUGGAAAAAUGAAACUGGAGGAUGUAGGAAACUAUUUUCAUCUUCCCAUUGAGGAGGCAGCGAAGAAGAUGAGGUUAUGCCCUACCGUGGUGAAGAAGAUAUGCCGCAGGGAUGGUCUGACUAGAUGGCCUCAUAGAAAGAUUAAGAGCAUGGGCAGACAAAUGUCGAAUUGGGCAGUUGGGCUUCAAUUUUAUGAUCAAACGAUCCACAAUUUGCAAAGAAAAUUACAAUCAAAUUUGAAUUUUCAAGAAGAAAUAUAUGGGAAGUGUUCAGACUGUAAUUUGCGUGAAGUGAAACAAGAGGCAACAGAACAAUGGGAAGUGACCAUGCCUUUGUCCGGAGACAACAUUGAGGGUUUCGCUAAAGAUGAUGCUGAUGAAUUCUUUCUGCCUGUCAAGGCCAUAUCAGAAUUCAGGUCAGUAGUAGGAAAGAUUAGUGGCCAAGAUGUGGAGGCCAUAUGGGUGAAGAUCAGGAGGGAAAUGAGUAGGGCCGCAGUGAAUGUGAACUGCAGGGGAUUCAACAAAAAAGGCGUGAGGUAUGAUUGGAAAAUGAAGGUCGGUACAUACCUUCCGGAUAGUGGAACUACUGUAAUAAGUUCCAUUUUGUUUAUGCCCCUACAAGGGAUUCAUUCGUGUCCACUCAGUAAUAGAAGGUUAAGCGGCGGGUCGUGCUGCCCUGGGGCAGCUCCAGGAAGAAGCCACCUAAAAAGGGUAUCUGCUUGUUAUCUCUCGAUUAGAAAGGAAGAGCCUGAUCCCUUCAAGUGGUCCCUCUAGUGGGGUAAUAAACUGCUGUGAUCAUA